AUGUCCCUGAACAGAGUCACUGGCAGACUCGCCAGCAGCGCCAAUUGCCUGCGGAUAUCCAGAAACUGCCCGCAGCUGCUUUGGCCAGCGCGUAGGUCACUGUCGUCUCAGCAUGUUGCGCAGCAAAGGCGCCCCGCCGCGAGGCCCACAGCACCACUCAGUCCACGUAUAGCUUGCCAGCCUGUGCGGUAUGCCUCCUCGAAGCCGACAGAGAGCCCAGAACCAGCGAAGACGCCUCUCUACGAUCUUCACGCCCAGCAUGGCGCAAAGUUCGUCCCAUUCGGCGGGUACUCCAUGCCCGUCCAAUACAGCGACCUGAGCGUCGGAGACUCGCACAACUGGACCCGUAAGAAGGCCAGCUUGUUCGAUGUCAGCCAUAUGGUCCAACAUCGUUUUACCGGCCCCGGCAGCACUGGCUUCCUUUCACGAGUCACGCCCUCGUCCGUCUCGACGCUAGAAACUCAUCACUCCACGCUUUCCGCGCUCCUCCACCCAGGAACCGGUGGCAUCGUCGAUGACACGAUCAUUACUCGCCUUGGCCCUGAAGCCUUUUACGUCGUCACCAACGCCGGCUGUCGCGAGAAAGAUACCCGCUACCUCACGGACCAACUGACCGACUGGCACCAGAGCGGCGGCGAGAAGGUCGACUGGCAAGUCCUGAAAGGCCAAGGCCUCGUCGCGCUGCAGGGUCCCCUCGCACCAGCCAUCCUGCAGGACGUCCUCUUCGAGCCCCAAGCAAUCGACUUACAGAAGAUGUAUUUCGGCCAGUCCAAGUAUCUCAAGCUUCGGCUACCCUCCGGAGAGCCUUCUGCCGAGAUUCUCGCCUCCCGCGGCGGGUACACGGGCGAGGACGGGUUCGAGAUCUCGAUCCCCGGCCCGCAAACCACGCAGAUCACGGAGCUGCUGCUCAAGUCUGCGGGCGAGGACAAGCUCCGCCUGGCGGGCCUCGGAGCGCGCGACAGUCUCAGACUGGAAGCGGGCAUGUGUCUCUACGGCCAUGACCUCGACGAUAGCACCACGCCUGUUGAAGCGGGACUGGCGUGGAUCAUCGGCAAGGAUCGCCGGACUGAAGGCGGGUUCCACGGCGACGAAGUGAUAUUGCAGCAGCUCAAGCCGAAGAAGGAAGGGGGCGGUGUCAGUCGUAGGCGUAUAGGGCUGAUCGUUGAAGGAGCCCCUGCAAGGGAAGGCGCGGAGAUUGUAAAUAAAGGAGAGAAGGUAGGGAAAGUCACGUCUGGGUGCCCGAGUCCGACGCUGAAGAAGAACAUUGCGAUGGGAUACAUCAAGCAGGGGCUGAAUAAGGCUGGCACUGAGGUUGAGGUUGUCGUUAGAGGCAAGAACAGGAAGGCAACGGUCACGAAGAUGCCCUUUGUGCCGAGCAAGUACUGGAAGGGUGGGGCGUCGCCUGCAUGA